AUGGCCUCCACGUGCGAGGCGCUUAAGACGCCCUCGUAUAUGGAGCUGAUUGUCUCCAUCAUCAUCCUCGUCGGUCUUUUAAUCUCGUACCUGCCACAACACUACCGCAUCAUCUCUCGCGGAACCUCCGAAGGCAUCUCCCCUUACUUCGUUCUGCUCGGCACCACUUCUGCAACUGCUGGCUUCGCCAAUAUCCUGACCGUUGCGCCCUCUCGCAAGGCCAUUGGCUGCUGCAGGGAGCUGGAGACAUUUGAGUGUGCCGCCGGUCUGCUUGGUGUUGCCCAGCUCGGAACUCAAUGGCUGUGUUUUACUGCCAUUCUCAUUUUGUUCCUCAUCUUCUUCCGCUAUCGCGAGGCCAACGUGCCCCCGGAGGAGCUGGGCGGAGAGAGCCCUAGAUGGCAGACGGCCGUCGCCGUGGGCGGGCUCUGCAUGCUCCAUGCCUUGAUUGUGAUUGCCUUGACCGGUGUUUUCGCCAUCGCCAAGCCUGACCUUCUCAACUUCUGGGCCAACUUCCUCGGCGUCAUGGCCGCCGUCCUGGCCGCCAUUCAGUACAUUCCUCAGAUUUGGAUGACGUACCACCUCAAGCACGUCGGUAGUCUGAGCAUUCCCAUGAUGUGCAUUCAGACGCCGGGCGGCCUUCUCUUUGCCGCCAGUCUCUUCAUGAGACUAGGCAUGGAGGGCUGGAGCACAUGGGCCAUCUACCUCUUGACAGCUGCCAUGCAAGGCGCUGUUCUGGCCAUGGGCAUCUAUUACGAAGUCACAAGACACAGCGACGACUACGCGCACAGCUACACUGACAGUGCGCCCCAGUCGCCCAUCGACCAUCACUCCACGCCACAGCGCCCCUACGCCCCUCGGACCUACUCCGAGGGCUGGGAGCGCGGCCUACCGGGUCCCUUCACUGGCCAUCCCGAGCGAUACGCCGAGACGGAGGAAGACCUGGACGACAUGGAGGAGCGCGAAGAGCGGGCCAUUGCCAGAGAAAACCAGCCACUUCUCAGGCCAGGGGGUAUUGGCAACCCGCACAGGAGUUACCACUCGACCUCACGUCAUUAG